UCCAAUGCCGUCUUAGCUCAGUGGUAGAGCGCGUGACUUUUAAUCCCGUGGCCGUGGGUUCGAUCCCCACAGACGGCGUCAAUUUUCUUUUUUCUUUCCGUUAAAAUACUUUUUUUUUAUCAAAAAGAAGAUAUAUACAGGUAUAACAAAAAGGCCUGGCCCAUCGAUAGGCCGAACAUUCAGGCCCAUUAAAUCUCUGGUUUGGUGUUAUUUUUUCUCCCUUCCUUUCGCAGCGUCGCCGAGAUUCUCAUCGGUCCUCCUCGCCUCUGCUCUUUCGUCCGUAAAGCUGUUCCUCGAGCCUUGUUACUUGUCGGAAUCUAUUAAACCAAGAUGGAGUUGGACCCAAAGAAGGUUGUUGAAGUAUACGAGAGAUAUGAAGCUGUUGGUGAUCAGUUUCUACUUGUUCGCAAUCAGAUGGUGGAGAAUGAUAGGGAGAGGAACGCGAACCGAGAGGCUCUUACAGCACUUAGGAAGAAAGCCAAGACAACAAAGACUAGCGUCCCUUCUCCUUUCGACUCUAUGAUGAAGGAUACGCACGGGAGCUCAGCCAAAGCCUUGAUUCAAGAAGUUUGCUCGACGUGUGGAUCUCAUGACUCUACUGAACCCACCUGGAUGAUGCUCCCAGGAACAGAUCUUUUCGCUGCGGUCCCUUUUCAUGCUGUUCAUACAAUGCUAGAGAAAGAUGAAAAGAGAAUGGAGUUUGAAUCAAAGAAACUGCAGAGCUUACUCAAGGAGAAGACUCUUUUGUUAUCUGAACUUGGGGCUCUUGCUGAUAGUGUUCCUCCAAGCGUCAUCAGAUCGCUGAUUACGUUAAAGGACAAACCUUCAGUUCAGUAGUACUUGGAUUGACACAAACAGCGUUAUCCAUUUGUGAUGUUGAAGGAUCAAGUCUUCUUGAAUGUUGAAACCUUUGAUUAUAAUUAAAAAUCAUGAAAUUCCAUUGUUUCUUCUAAUAAAUAAUAUUAUAUUUUUCUACUGAUUAAUAAUUUUCAAAGUUUAAAGUAUAAAAUAAUGUCAUGUGAGUCAUGCCUAAUGGAUAACGUUUUUCAUAAACUUACAAAUAACAUUAUUGACAUAAUUUUUUUGUUUUUUUUUGUUUACUGACAAUUAUUUUAGAGAUAUUUAUAAAUUUUAUAAUCUCACUCCCAUUUAAAAUCGGAAAGCAAUCUUUAUACGGUGGGUUUUGAUUUCUGUUGAACAAUAAAGAAAGCUGACAAAGAGGAGCAAGCAAGAUCAAGACAAAGAUCUUCUUUUGCAUCAAGACAACACUAGAGUUUAUCUUAAACUAUAUUUGAUUCAGACAAUCUCUCUUUCAAGACCGUAUCUUUCCGGCAAAGCUUAAACCCUCACCACAGCCAAGUGUUUGCCUUUUUUGCUCUUCUCUAUUAAAAGAUUCAGACUUUCAGUUUCAUCUCUGUCUUUGACUUUUUGUUUUCUCUCAGGCGAUCUAAAAAAAAUCCGAUGAAUUCACAUCUCUUCCGAGUAAUCUGUAUACUCCACUCCGUAAUCGCACUCACGAGCGGGACCCUGAUGAUGUUCUACACAGAGAAAGCCUCCAUCUUUGGCCACGGCAGCGACAUAGCUAACAAGCUCAAAGGCUCAACGCCUCACGACGAGCUGCUCAUCCGGAUCUCUCAGUCUUUCUCCGGUUUGCUCCUCUUUGCCAUAGGUUUGGUGCUGUUCAUGGUGUCCUUCGUUAAGGAUACAGAGUUUCAUGGCUUUUUCGCUGGAGGGUCGGUGAUUCUCUAUGUGCUUAUGGCGUUGUGGAGAGUUGUGUUUGAGUGGAAGGUUGAAGAUCUUGCGUUUGAGUGUCCUAAGCAAGCACUUGGAGAUAUUGCUUUGGCUGUUUCGUGGGUGUUCUUUCUAGUUUAUACUUGGAGGGAGAAGUAUGAUUGAUUGGUUGAUGAUGCAAGAGAACCAUUAGCUUUGGUGGGAAGUGAAGUGUCUUUAGAUCAAAACCAUUGUUGGUUUCCAUAGUUGUCAGAAGAUCAAGUGUGAAUUAAUUGGAUUUUGUUGUUGAUAUAGAGGAAUUGUCAAUGAAAAUAAAGUGUUGGUGACUA